AUGGUCAUAUAUGUAGGAUGCUUGGAAAGGCCCAAUUUGGAUGUUGUUGAACCUCGGGUUAUGCAAGUCAACUCAGAGGUGACGUGGAUGACGCCAACAAUAAAUUAUCUAACGGCAGGAAUGCAACCUGCAGAUCCGGUUGAAGCGAGAAAACUUCGGAUGAAAGCUGCCAGGUACGCACUCAUAGAAAACAUCCUCUUCAGGAAGUUUUUUUCGGGUCCCUAUCUACGUUGCCUAAUCCCAUCCGAAGCGAAGUGGACCUUGAAAGAACUGCAAGAGGGAACUUGUGGCAAUCAUUCUGGAGGGAGGAGCUUGGCACACAAGGCGAUAACGCAAGGCUACUUUUGGCCUUACAUGGCUCGAGAGGCCGAGCAAUUUGUGAGGAAAUGUGACAAGUGCCAGAAACACACCUAUGAUCAGGCGACCUGCAGAAUAACUUAG